GCGGUCGCUCGCGUCACGUGCACCACGACUCUGUAGGUUGCGGACGCACGAUCCCAUCCAAUUAGUGUUCUCGCGAGAAACGAGUUAAGUGGCCGGUUCGACUAGUGAAGUACUCGACUGCGAGGCGAAACAAAAUGAACUAGUGAUGUUGAUGUGAAAUUGUAGUGCGAAACGAUGAUAAAUAAAACUAUGUAAUAUAAAGUGAUAACAGUGAAAACAAAACUAUGUACCUCACGCGGUUCACAAGCGCCUUGUUGGUGCUAAGCACCGCUGUAACUGUCAGGGGUGCAUCUUUAUCGGCGGGUACGCGGUACCAGGCACCCGAUGAAUGCGGGUGGAUGACGGAUUACGAUGGCUCAGGAGUGGCUUUGCAGUGUAGAUUAAGAACUAUUAACAGCGAAUUGGAGAACACAAACUUCAGUGCAAUUCAACCGCAUCCAACAGUCAGGUUGCGUCUCGAAUGCAGCGACGCGCUUUUCUUCCAAAGCAGUCUCGCUCCGGGUAGUUUCCGCCAGUUGAUUGAACUACGCGAGCUUACUAUUGAGUAUUGCAAAAUCGGGAACCUUUCCGAUAGCGCAUUCACAGGUCUGCGUGAAUUAAGAAACCUGACUAUAAGGACACACAAUACAGACUGGUCAACAAUGUCACUUGAAAUAACUCCCAGUGCUUUCUCAAGAGACGUUCAAAACUUGGAACGUUUGGAUUUGAGCGAAAACAAUAUGUUAGUGUUUCCAGAAGGAGCACUAUGUACACUAAGGAAUUUGGAAUAUUUGAAUAUGACUGGUAAUAGAAUGCGCGAUAUUAGUCAUUUUCAAUUUUCUUCAGCCCAUCGACAUCCGACGGAGAAAUGCGGAGAUAAUCUAUUGGUUUUAGACCUUUCUCGGAAUGUUAUUGAUACUUUACCACCUAAUCUCUUGUCCGGAUUAAGAAGACUGCAAAAAUUAUACUUCCAAGGCAAUGGAUUGAAUUCUAUCGCUGAUAGAGCUUUGGAAGGACUCAUCUCACUUACAACAAUACGAUUUUCAGAUAAUCAACUUACUAGCUUACCUCCAGAAUUAUUCAGCGACACAAAAGAGUUGAAAGAAAUAUAUCUAAACAAUAACACUAUCACUGUCCUCGCGCCUGGAUUGUUUAGCGAUCUAACUCAACUGCUAGUACUAGAUUUGUCAUUUAACGAAUUAACAUCUGACUGGAUCAAUACCUCCACUUUCUCUGGACUAAAAAGAUUAAUGUAUUUGGAUUUCUCACACAAUCGGGUGUCGAAAAUGGAAAUAGCAUUAUUCAGAGAUUUACAUAACCUGCAAAUGUUAAAAAUGCAGGACAAUUUUAUUGAACACAUUCCAGAAAAUGUAUUCAGCUCACUAAGCAAUCUGCACACAUUAACAUUAUCAAACAAUAGACUUACCAAUAUAGAGAGCUAUGCUUUUAUGGGCUUGCAAGUGCUAUCUGUAUUGUCUAUAGACAGUAAUCGCAUAUCCAAAAUACACCCACAUGCAUUAAGGAAUUGUUCUUCGUUACAAGACUUGCACAUCAAUGGCAACCGGCUCGAUGAAGUGCCACUUGCAUUGAAAGAGAUACCCCAGUUAAAAACUCUUGAUUUGGGAGAAAAUCUAAUAGUCAGCAUUGAGAAUGCUUCAUUUAUGACAAUGGAACAAAUGUAUGGACUCCGCUUAACCGAAAAUAAUAUUGGAAAUAUCAGCAAAGGCGUGUUUGACAAAAUGACUUCGUUGAAAAUUUUAAACUUAUCAAGAAAUAAAAUUCACAAGAUCGAAGCUGGUGCAUUUGAUGCAAACGUCAACUUGCAAGCAAUCAGACUAGAUGGAAAUUACUUGACAGACAUCGGUGGACUUUUCGCUAAAUUGCCUAAUUUGGUGUGGUUGAACAUUUCUGAUAACCGAUUGGAAUGGUUCGACUAUGCCAUGAUCCCAACUGGAUUGCAGUGGCUGGAUAUUCACGCUAACAGGAUCGCUGAACUUGGAAAUUACUUUGAAAUUGAAUCGCAACUAUCGCUCAGUACUUUCGACGCCAGUUCAAAUAAGUUAACAGAAAUAACUGGAAGUGCAAUACCUAAUUCUGUAGAAAUGUUAUAUUUAAAUGACAAUUUAAUCUCUAAAGUGCAGUCUUACACAUUCUUCAAGAAACCUAAUUUAACACGAGUUGAUUUAUAUGGAAAUAAAAUAACAAGUUUGGACCCGAAUUCUUUGAGAAUAUCAGCUGUGCCACAAGAUAAAACUGUACCCGAAUUUUUCAUAGGCGGGAACCCAUUGGAGUGCGAUUGCACAAUGGAUUGGUUGCAAAAAAUUAACACUGGAAACAGAGCUAGAACUCAGCCAAAAUUGAUGGAUUUAGACAGCAUUAACUGUAGACUUUUAUACAGCCGCGGAAAUGCUCAAGUCGCUCUGAUUGAAGCAGCACCUCACCAGUUCUUGUGUAAAUAUGAAUCUCACUGUCACGCACUAUGCCACUGCUGUGAUUUUGAUGCCUGCGACUGUGAAAUGACUUGCCCUAACAAUUGCACAUGUUACCACGACCCGUCGUGGUCAGCUAAUGUUGUCGAUUGCGCUAACUCUGGUUAUGUGAAUAUAUUGCCUGAGAAAAUUCCAAUGGAAGCCACAGAAUUAUACCUUGAUGGUAAUGAUAUAAAAGUCUUGCCAAGCCACGCAUUUAUAGGACGUAAGAAGUUAAAGAUACUCUAUUUAAAUGCAUCAAACAUUGAAACUAUUCACAAUAGAACAUUCAACGGAUUGAAAGAAUUGGAAGUGCUACAUUUAGAUUAUAAUAGCAUCUCGAACCUCGAAGGACAAGAAUUUGAUGGGUUGGAUAACCUACGAGAACUGCACAUCAACAAUAAUAAGAUCAAGCGGAUAGGCAAAGAAAUGUUCAAUCAUAUGGCCCGGCUGAAAGUGCUGCACUUGCAUAAUAAUAGACUUGUUACCUUGACAGUGUGGCAAAUCAAUCCAGCUAUUACAGAAAUUACACUUGCUUUUAAUCCGUGGUCAUGCGACUGUGAAUACACGGAGAUGUUCCGCGAGUGGACGAAAAGAGUUAGUUCAAUAACAGAUCUGUCAGACAUCAAAUGUAUUUAUUCAAAAGAUAAUACUACUGAACUAACUAUUUAUAAUGAAAGCAUGUUUAGCGAUCCCGAUAGCGGAUUUAAAAUUUCAAGUGAAAAUGGAACUUUGUGCACUGGAUUGCCCAGCAUAAACAACAGUAUCAACGGAAAUCUGACAGCCACUCGAACAAUAAUCACCAAUGAGGAAGUGCAAGAUUACAUACCACUCCUUGUAGCCACUCUUGGAUGCUUCUUAUUCGUGUCACUAGUGAGCAUGAUUAUUUUCAUCUUCAGACAAGAAAUGAGAGUAUGGUUCCACUCUAAAUUCGGUGUACGACUAUUUUAUCGAGCCAGUGAUAGAGAAGACUCAGAGAAGAUGUACGACGCCUUUUUGUGCUACAGCUCUAAAGAUGAAGUAUGGGUGACCGAGGAGCUUGCAUCCAUGUUAGAGCGCGGUGACCCUUCUUACAAACUUUGCCUACAUUACCGCGACUUAUCCGCCCACGUGACAGAGAAGAUAAGACAAGCUGUAGAAUCUUCGCGUCGUACAAUCAUGGUGCUCAGUGAAAACUUUCUAAGAUGUGAGUGGGUGCGUUACGAGCUAAAAUCAGCUCUCCACCAGGUACUGAGAGACCGGCGAAAAAGACUGAUUGUAGUGUUAUUAGGACAAGUGCCUCAAAAGGAUUUAGAUCCUGACAUAAGACUGUAUUUGAAAACGAAUAAGUGUCUCCAUGCAGACGAUCGACUGUUUUGGGAAAAGUUAAAGUUUGCGCUGCCCGAUGUGCGCAAUAAUCAGCGGUGUCGCGGAGUGCCGAGCCCUGUGGUGGGCGGCGGCUUGCCCAUGCACCGGCACCACCACGCCAGGAACCACCUGGGCAUGCUGCCACAGCCGCCCGUGCACGGCGCGCACCCUGUGCUGCCGCCGCACCCGUCCCACACAUCUCACCAAGUGCCACCGCGCGCGUCUCCCCGCACCAUGUCCGUCCAUGUGUAAAGUGUAAAACAACUGUGCAAAUGUGACUCGCAGUGAACCAAGUGAUUUUAAAUGCGAAUGGAGUGAUCUAAGACAAUAUUGAAGUGACCGUUUUGUCUUAAAAUUGUGAUGGCUAGUCGGUUAGCGUUUACGAACUGUACAUAAUUAAUAAUACUGUAGUCAUAGUAAUGUAAAUACGCCUGAUUUUGUAUAUGUGUUAGAUAUAAGAACACAAAAAGUAAUCUCUUACAAAUGUUCGGUAUUAAAAGGUUUGUAGUAACAACUUUGUUGUAAUCACAAUGUCUGUCAUAUCAUGUGAUCUGAGCUUAACUAAAUCGGUGUAUAAAUAAAUAGUUUUAUGAGUUAGGCCUAUUUAGGCUGUGUUUGUUAGGCAAAACUUGCCGACUACUAUUAAAUAAAAUGGCAAUAAUGCCGCAAUCUGUGAUAAAAUUAGAUAUAGUUAGCGUUCAUUUUAUCUCACAUUAAUGUAUAUUUUGUAUUGUAGUCUGAACUAAAAAAAUAUUUAUUGAGGAAAACACACUAUCCAAAAUCGUAAAAUUGGAAAAAAUUAUAAAUGAAAAAUAAAAUACAAUUCAAACAUA